UGAUCUCCAUUUAGUUGUCUAGUCGAGGGAAACCAAAUCUGACGAGAAUGCGCGCUUCCACACUGUUUUUCGGCCUCCUACUGGUAGCCAGCUGCUCCUCGAUUCUGGCCAGGCCACAGGAGAGCACUACUCCGAGCACCACCACCUCAACCAGCACCACCACGACUCCGAAGCCGGAGGAGUCGUCUACAACCACUACGACAUCGACUACGACGACCACGACAACGACAACGACAACGGAAAAGCCAAAAUCAGAGUCCACAACUGCCAGUACUACCACCACAAGUACCACCCCCAGCACCACCCCAAGCACCACUUCAAGCACCACCCCAAGCACCACCCCAAGCACCACCCCAAGCACCACCCCCAGCACCACUACAACCACUACCACGACCACCACCCCGAAACCCGAUGAUGAUGAGGCUGCCAAGCUGCUGGAACAAUGUGCCGAGCUGAGCCGCCGGAAGAAGCGAGGUGGAUCUUCCUCGUCCGAAGAGGACGACAGUGGCGAGAAGAAGUCGGCGAAGAAAGAGCGCAAGCAGUUAAAGAAGCUGUGCAAGCAGUUGAAGAAGCAAGAGGAGCGCAAGCAGGAGAAGGCCCAGAAAUCGGCGUUAUCCGAACUGGCUGAAGCCCUGAAAAACUACAACCAAAAACAGAAGAACUAAUGUGGUGCCAGUAAAUAUUUUUUUUAGCAUUUUUUUUCUUUGUUUUUAGUGUUUAUCAAAAAGUAUGCCAAUAAAAUGGAUCUUUUAAAAUAAGCACAAGUAUUUACUUACUUGUCUACCAUCAAAACUUCUAUAAUAUAAUUUUCGUUAUCAAAGGUGAUAUUGGCCGAAACUUCUGAAGUAUUAUCUAGUUUCAAUAUCUUAUGUUUUGUAGUAGCCUAAUAAACCCAUAUGUUGUAUAAAACAUGGAAAAAUA